AUGGGCUCUGCAGAGGAAAGCUAUGCUAAAUUGGCCAGGUAUUGCCAUAACAUGAAGAAAACUAAUCCGGACUCAGAAUUUUUUAUUGAGACGGAGGGUGGGAAUUGCUUCAAAUUCUUCUUCAUGGCUCUUGAACAAUGCAUUCGGAGAUUUCGAAAUGUAAUGCGACCCAUAAUUAUAGUUGAUGGUAGAACACUGAACUCUAAAUAUCAAGGCAAGUUAAUUAUUACUACAUGUCAAGAUGCCAACAUCCAAAUUUAUCCUCUUGCGUUCGGCAUAGUCGAUAGCGAAAAUGACAUGUCGAUGCGAUGGUUCUUCACAAAGUUAAGGGAAGUAAUCGAGAAAGUUGAGGACCUUGCAUUUGUAAUCGAUCGGGAACAGCCUUUAAUAAAUAGUAUGGCUGAAGUUUUUCCAGAUGCACAUCAUGGGUAUUGCAUGUACCAUAUUCAAGGAAAUCUGAAAACCAGGAUGUCGAUACAACAUAUCACGUCAAACAACGCAGAGUCUUUCAAUGCAUUAUUCAAGAAGGAUCGAGAAUUACUCAUUCUUGCACUAAUUGAGAAUAUCUGUACCAAGCUACAACAGUGGUUUCACGAUCAACAUGUAGAAUUACAGAAUUGUACGAGUGUGCUAGCCCCGGCGCAAGAGGAAAGGCUAUUCAAAGCUGCAGAACUUCCAAAACAGUUGAAUGUCGAACCACUAGACGAGUUGCGCUUCUCAGUGGAAUGUGCACUUGCGGUUGCUAUGUAUCGAGGAUUUGCAGCUAGAAUAUUGUGCUCUCAUUACUACACGAGUAAUUAUUUGAGAGUUGCGUAUGCUAAGACAAUAUUUCCUCUGCCGAACGAAGUUGAGUGGGAAAUUCUCGACCAUAUUCGCCCACUCAAUAUAUUGUUGUCACCUUUCAUUGAACCGCAUGGUUCUAAACGUUCAAGUACGUCUAGAAUACCAUCUACCGGAGAAUUUCCUCGACCGUGUAGGUAUAACUGGUGCAAAUCAAUAGGACAUACUCGCUAA